AUGCUAUUAUUAGAUAAAUACCAGAAAAAAUUCCAUAUGUUUUCAAAUAAGCAUAAUAAUAACAAUAAUAAUAGUAAUAUAAAUAGCAGUGAUACUAGGAAUACAUCUAUUGCUGAUACCACUGCCGUUGAAAUAAACAAUGAUACUAAUCUUAACAACAAUAGCUGCAGCAAUAAUAAUAAUAAUGUAAAUGAUUGUACGGAUACUAGUACACCGGAUAUGAGUACUUUUGUAGAUCCUAGACUACAAUACAAUAUGAUCACUCCUGUAACUUCACAUAAUGUAUUAUUCUCGAUUAAUAACACCAGUAGUAACCAUGCCUUCUAUAACUUACAACAGCCACAACAGUUCGGCUACAGUAGAUAUAAUGGUAGUACAACAUCUCUAGCAAGCUCCAUAAAUUCUGAUAUUGCAUUACCCAUGUCUGCUUCCUUAAACAAUAUGAAUAUGAACAAUAUUUUAUCUAAACAGUUUAUUAAUUUGUUGAUCGAUACAUAUCAAGUAUUAUGUUCAGAUCCAACUAUUACUCCCUUCGACACAAAUAAUCCUCCCUCUGGUAUACUUAAUCGUGUUGGUAAACUUUCAUUGAAAAGAGCCAGCUCAGUUAAUAUGGAAAUAUUCAGUAGUACCACCAAUAGUAAACAUUAUAGUAAUAACCAUAACGUUUUAUUAUCGAUAAUUAGACACAAUUUGUUAUCAGAGAUCAGAAAAGACGGAUACUAUUCAAGAAAUGUUUCUUUGACUUCAUUGAUGCAACCUUCUCUGCUCAAUAACAACUACAACAACAGUAUCAACAGUCCUUUAUCUCAACCACCCAUUUUGAAAAGAACUAAUACCAUGGACAGGGUACAGAAUAAUAUAUAUAAUAUCACAGGAUCAAAUAAUCCAACAAGUAUAAGUACAGAAAGUAUCAUAAUUAAUAAUAAUAAUAAUAAUAAUAAUAAUAAUGGUAAUAGUAACAGUAUCAAUAAUAGUAAUAAUGGUGGUGGUGGGCUAGGGAUUGGUUUAGGUUCAAGCAUUCACCUGAAUUUGUAUCCAGGUUUAGCAAACAGUAGUAACAAUAAUAUGAAUAAUAAUAACAACAGCAAUACCAAUUUCAAUCCAUUGUUAAGUCGAUCAUUAAGUAGAACUUCAUCCCCAUUGAUGACAAAGACAAAAAAUCUUUAA